AAUAAAUUAAAAUCAAAUAAAAGAUUAAUUUUUUGUUUAUUGAAAUAAUAAAAUGAAUUAUCACGAUUUAAGCAAUACUGGGGACACCCACAAUCCUGCAGCCAAACACACAAGAACCAAACCUUUAGUCUUUUCUUGUCUUCCAAGUCUAUGCAAGUUUUCUUCUCUUCUAAAUCUUCUUUACCAAAUCCUCAUUUCAUACGAUCUUUUGGGGAUCGGAGGUUUCCAGCCAUGGCGGAUGAAAAACCACCAGUUGUGGCAGAGAAGACCUUGCAUCCUACCUCUCUCUGUAACACCACUUCAAUAUCAAGAACAUUAAGAUCUAUCCAGCCAGCCCAUUACUUAUUCAAGGUAGAAUCUCUGUCAGUGCUUCUGAACACAGAUAUUGAAAAAUAUGAAUCAGGUUCAUUUGAAGUGGGUGGCUACAAAUGGAGCUUGUGUAUCUACCCAAAUGGGAAUAAAAAAAGUGACGGGGAAGGUCACAUCUCCCUCUAUUUAGAAAUAUCAGAGGCUCAAAAUCUUCCUCUUGGGUGGGAGGUUACUGUCAACUUCAAAUUGUUUGUGUUUAAUCAUAUACAUGAAAAGUACUUAACUGUCCAAGAUGCUGAUGGGAAGGUAAGGCACUUCAAUGCGAUGAAGACUCGAUGUGGGUUUGCUCAGUUUCUUUCACUGGAUGUUCUCAAGGAUCCUCGUAAUGGAUACUUGAUGGAUGAUUCUUGCAUUUUCGGAGCAGAGGUUUUUGUUAUUAAAUAUAGUGGCAAAGGGGAGAGUCUUUCCAUGAUAAAGGAUCCUGUUGAUGGUACUUUCACUUGGACGAUUGAGAAUUUCUCCGCACUGAAUCAGGAAGUCCUAGACUCUGAAAUAUUCACUGUUAAAGAAUUGAAAUGCAGGAGGUUGGUUCUCUACCCCAAAGGAAAUAAUAAGGCAAAGAACAAAAGCCUGUCCCUCUUUCUAGAGCUGACUAAUCGUGAAACACUUCAUCAAAGGAAACUGUAUACUGCAUUCGAGUUGUUGAUAAAGGAUCAAUGCAAUGAUGAAAUUGUUAUGCCAUCGCAUGUUAAAUCAAAUGCUAAGGUUUGGUUCCGUGACACAAUCGAAAAUUGGGGUUUUCCUAAUAUGGUAUCUCUGAGUGAUCUCAAUGACAAAUCCAAAUACUUCUUAUUAAAUGACAGUUUGAUAGUCGAAGCCAAGAUUUCGCUCAUGAUGCAUUCGAAGAAUAUCUCAGCACAACUUCUGAUCGUGAUCCAUCCAACGGUCCAAACAGCUUCGAUGGAAAAUGUGUUUACAAUUGGUCAACCGCCUGAUCUCUUCUCCUACCUCGAAGUCGUACAGACAUACGACGCGUUGCCAUCGCAAACCGCCUCCCCGAACUUCAUCACCAGAAAGAUUUCACGAAUCAGAACCGCCGAUACAAGCUGGUAUUCCGACACUUGCUCAACCCCUUCUGCAGUUUUCUUCCCAUCUAAGUCUACUUUACCAACUCAUUUCAUACAAUCUUUUGGGGAUCAGAGGUUUCCAGCCAUGGCGGAUGAAAAACCACCAGUCGUGGCAGAGAAGACCUUGCAUCCUACCUCUAUCUGUAACAGUACCACUUCAAUAUCAAGAACAUUAAGAUCUAUCAAACCAGCCCAUUACUUAUUCAGGGUAGAAUCUGUGUCAGUGCUUCUUAACACAGAUAUUGAAAAAUAUGAAUCAGGUUCAUUUAAAGUGGGUGGCUACAGAUGGAGAUUGUGUCUCUACCCAAAUGGGAAUAAAAAAAGUGGCGGGGAAGAUCACAUCUCCCUCUAUUUAGAAAUAUCAGAUGCUCAAAAGCUUCCUGUUGGGUGGGAGGUUACUGUCAACUUCAAAUUGUUUGUGUUUAAUCAUAUACAUGAGAAGUACUUAACUGUCCAAGAUGCUGAUGGGAAGGUAAGGGACUUCAAUGUGAUGAAGUCUCGAUGUGGGUUUGCUCAGUUUCUUUCACUGGAUGUUCUCAAGGAUCCUUGUAAUGGAUACUUGAUGGAUGAUUCUUGCAUUUUCGGAGCAGAGGUUUUUGUUAUUAAAUACAGUGGCAAAGGGGAGUGUCUUUCAAUGAUAAAGGAUCCCGAUGAUGGUACUUUCACUUGGGUGAUUGAGAAUUUCUCCACACUGAAUGAGGAAGUCCUAUACUCUGAAACAUUCACUAUUAAAGAAAUCAAAUGGAAGUUGAGUCUCUACCCAAAAGGUAAUGGUAAAGUAAAGAACAAAAGCCUGUGCCUCUUUCUAGAGCUGGCUGAUUGUGAAACACUUCAUCAUCAAAGGAAAUUGUAUAUGGAAUUCGAGUUGUUGAUAAAGGAUCAAUGCAAUGAUGAAAAUGUUGAACCAUCGCAUGUUAAAUCAAAUGCUAAGGUUUGGUUCUGUGACUCGAACAAAGAAUGGGGUUUUGCUGAUAUGGUCUCUCUGAGUGAUCUCAAUGACAAAUCCAAAGAUUUCCUAUUGAAUGAUAGUUUGAUAGUCGAAGCCAAGAUUUUGCUCAUGAUGCAUUCGAAGAAUAUCUAAUGAUGGAUUCAAAGAUCCAAAAUUGCAAAAGUAUGAUGUCCUUAUUCUAAAUUACAUUGUGUUUAUACCAAGGUAUGUAUUACAGUAAGUUAUAGAGAAGCGGAGAGAUAUUCCCCUGCUUUAACUCAUGUCAUGGUUUGGCUUGUUUGGUUUAAGUUGAAAUUAUAUUUCACUUCUAGUUUGCCAGUUUCAA